AUGCCGCUGUUUAAGAGAGACUCCGGAACAAUUUCUGGCUUCACUCCACCCGCACCGUCUGCUUUGGGUGCAAACUCGGAUGCUACACAACCAAGCAGUGCCUCAGCAACUACUACUUCGAAUCGUCAUCAUCCUUUGCUUUCCAACGUUGGAGUUCCUCACUUUUUAAAUCGAAGGCUAUCGUCUACCUUGGGAGGGACUGCUGUAGACCCAUCUGGAAUUCCGGGCGCCGCGAGCACCUUUGAAGAUGUCGCGAAGAAUCCCGGCAGCAAUCCAAAGCUCGCAUCCGCAGCCACCAAGCGGGUUGUGCUCUACCCCGAGGCGCGAGGAAUCACCCAUGAGAACAUCACUGCCGAGCGGCUUUCCAAACGCGCCCACAUCGACUAUCAUCAACCCGAGAGCGUGAAGCAAGAGGAGCUUUUAAGGAAAAAAACCAAAGCCGAUGACGUCGCGAAUGGAGAGGUCCUAGCCGGAGAUGCGAUCCAAAGGUCGUCCGACUUUCCCGCACGGACGUCAAUGGGUACCACGGAAGGAGGGGUGAAUCCUUCGCUUUCGGAGUCUGGUGCGGGCGGGAAAUCUAUGGUAGGGGAGCCCAACCUCGAGAAAACAGGCGAGGCCGAUGACGAAAAAAGUACCGUGGUUUCCCGCUACCCCGUCAGCCCACAUGGGAAGCUUUAUUUUCAAGUCGAGACGGAUGGCGCCACCCGCCACGACUCUGUCGGGAUUGUCGUGAUUGAUGUCGAGGAAAUGGGGGUGAUGAUGUUUGAUCGAAUGGGCCGUCAGUACGGCAACCGCCCUGAUCCCGGAUACCCGAUGAAACGCGAAGAAAUCGAAAAAGCCGCCGCGGGUGAGGUGAUCAAAGUCGGUACGAAGAACGUCUUACUUAUCACCGCCCUCACAGAGGAGGCGUUUCGCCAUGGAGAGUUUUUCCUCCGCUCCGAGCACGACAUGCGGAUUCGGGAGGACAAAACCAAGGCCGAGGCCGAGGCCGCCGCGGCGAAGGUGAUUAAAGUGAACAUGUCGUUUGGCCUCUCCUUGCUUGGCGGGUCUGGGGGGAGUUCCGUGGCAGGGCUCUUUGCGGCUCCAUCCUUGCGAAAGCGCCCACGGGAGGGGCAAACGGGCUUCACCGUCCCCCUUGCCGGACGGCCGAAGGUCGGCAAAAAUGGACUCCUCGAGGCGCUGACGCCCCUUCACGACCCCGAUCGUCCGGGUGCGGUGGUCCUGUUCUACGCGAAUUACAAACGCGACGCUCACGGCCGCACACAGGUUUCUGUAGUCGUGGAUCCCAUCCUCGGCGAUAAACUCCGCCCGCAUCAACGGAUUGGCGUGAAAUUUCUCUUCGAUUGCAUUACGGGAACGCGGAUGCCCGGCUACCACGGUGCCAUCCUCGCGGAUGAAAUGGGUUUGGGGAAGACGAUUCAGACCGUCGCGGUGAUCUACACCUGUCUUCGUCAAGGGAUGCACGGGAAGCCGACGGCGCGGAAGUGUCUCGUCGUCACCCCGUCUUCCCUGGUGCAGAAUUGGUGCAACGAGUUCGACAAAUGGCUCGGUCCGGGGGUGGUGAAGCACUUCGCGAUCUCUGAAUCCACGCCGAAAGGUGAUCGCAUCAUUUCCCGCUUCGACGGGGAGGGCGACGUCCUUGUGAUUUCCUACGACCAGCUUCGCAAGUACAUCACCCGGAUCUCCUCUUUGAAGUUGGUGGAGUUGGUCGUCUGUGAUGAAGGCCACCGUCUUAAGAACGCGGAGGUGAAGACCACUAAGGCCAUCGAUUUGCUUCCCACCCGCAACCGCAUUAUUCUCUCCGGUACCCCCAUCCAGAACGAUCUUUCGGAAUUCCAUGCGAUGGUGAACUUCGUGAACCCCGGUAUCCUCGGCAACCGAGAGCUCUUUACGCGCGUGUUCGAGGAGCCCGUUUCCAUCGGACGGGAUCCCGACUGCUGCGAGUACCUGAAGUCCCUUGGCCACGACCGUGCGCACUAUCUCUCCAUCCUUACCCAACGCUUCAUUCUCCGUCGAACUCAAACUAUCAACGAGUCGUACCUCCCACCGAAGGUGGACUUAACCGUUUUCGUGAAGCUUGGAAAGACCCAGGAGGAGGCGUACCAAAAGUUGGCGAACGUGCUCGAGAAUGCGGUUUGCACCCCCCUGGUGCUCAUCUCCGCGAUGCGUAAGUUGUGCAAUCACAUGGACCUCUUUGAGGAAGCGGUCCGCCUGUCGCGUCAGCAGGUCGCGAACAGAGAGUCCGGACGCCCCUCUAGGCAAGGCGCCGAAGGCAUCCCACUUGAGGUGCUACCAAAGGGCUUUACGCGCGGCCGUCUUACGCAGGACUGCGGGAGCAAACUACACUUCGUUUCACUCAUGCUCGAUGAGCUCCGCCGCAAUGGUGAGCAUGAUAAGCUGGUCAUCGUCUCGAACUUCACCCAAACCCUCGACAUCAUCGCCGCGUUGUGUCGUUCCAAAAAGGUCGCCUAUUUUCAACUUGAUGGUAGCACGCCUAUUAAGCGACGUCAGGAGCUGGUUGACUACUUCAACGUCCCCACCUCGCAGGAGAUCGUGUUUUUGCUCUCGUCCAAGGCGGGUGGCGUUGGGCUCAACCUCAUCGGUGCGAACCGGCUGAUCCUUUUCGACCCUGACUGGAAUCCUGCCAAUGACGCCCAGGCCAUGGGCCGUGUUUGGCGUGAUGGGCAGAAGAAGCGGGUCUUCAUUUAUCGUCUUUUAAGCACUGGUACGAUUGAGGAAAAGAUCUAUCAGCGACAGGUUAGUAAGCAGGGCCUCUCCGCGAAUGUGGUCGACAUGCAAGAGGACUCCAAGCAGCACUUUACCCUCGAGGAACUCAAGGCGUUGUUCCGGUAUAAAUCGAAUACCUCCAGCGAAACGCACGACCUCCUCGGUUGCAGGGACUGCGAGAGCGCUGUGAUGGAAGCCCAGGAGCGAAAAUUAAAAGGUCAACCGGUUUCCCCCGCUAAGAUGCAGUUUAAAAAGGUGAUUAGCAAGAAGAGUACCGGGCCACGUAUGGAUGAACUCAAAGCAUGGCGUCAUAUUAAGGAUAUUGCACAUCUCUCGCUCGACGCUGUGGUGCGGGCCAUGGCUGUAGCCGCCCCACAGCUUCUAACUUUGGCAUUCGCAAAUGAGCGCGAUACAAGUAAGAAGUCCGAUGAAUCCAAGGACGGGAAGAAGGGUAAGCACGACGAUUCAGACAUGGUGGUUAGAGUAGAAAAACCUUUUGAAAGUGAUGAGGACAACAUCAUCUGCGCCAGUCAAGCAGCAAUGCAGGAGGAAGAGAGCCAACUAGAUAUUGAGGUACAUGAUGAUGAUGACGGAGAUGAAUCAGCGUUGUCAUCAGAUGAAGAAUCAUUGGCGACAUCGACUGAGGAUGACUAA